ACAAACAGUGUAAAAACGCUAAAAAUUAUUUUACUAUCAGACAGAAGAUUUGCAAAAUAAUAUAGUUUAUAUCGAUAAAAACAGUGCAUAUGUUUUGUGACCAUGGACCCGGUCGAGUAUAGAAUACUCCAAGAGACUUCAAUUCAAAACAACAACGGCACAUCGGCGCUAAAUGUUUUUCUGCACAUCGUACCAUCGUUUUUCACCAGUUUCCACACAAUUCAACUUAUCUCUGCAGCAGCCAUCACGCAGAUUCCCGGCCGGUUUUUGUUGGAAUUCUUCCUGAUAGUAUUUCCCUUCGUGCUUAUGGUUACCGUGCUGAGCCAGCUGGUUAGCAACAUAUCCGUUGCUUUGCUGCUGAUAACCAGCCUGUCCGCCCUUCAGCAAAUGCGACACAAAACCCAUCUGAUGCCGUUUGUGCAGAUUCCGGGAAGAAAACCACAAUUUAUGACCGCAGCCAGGGCACUUAUAAAUCUGAUGACGGCUGUUUGUAUAUUAGCGGUAGAUUUCCGUAUCUUUCCACGAGAGCUGGCCAAAACGGAAACCUUCGGAUUCGGUUUGAUGGAUGUUGGAGUGGGACUGUACGUAUUUAGCAAUGGAAUCGUUUAUAAAGCUGAUAAAGACCAGAAACUGGAUCUGCUGCGAGUGCGGAAUGUUCUGCUGGGAACGCUUCCAUUGAUAGUUUUGGGAGUAGCACGUUUCUUCGUGACACAGGAGAUUGAUUAUCAGCAGCAUGUUUCGGAGUACGGAGUGCAUUGGAAUUUUUUCAUCACGUUGGCUAUCGUUAAAAUCGCCGGAACUUUUAUCAUGGAUAUAAUUAAGGAUCCGGAGAUUGCUAAGUUCAUUGCGAUAACUGUCCUGUGCUGCCACGAAAUGAUGCUGCAUUUAGGAGUCUCUCGUUACGUUCUCAACGAAAAAACUGGAAGAUCUAACUUUGUGGAAGCGAACCGCGAGGGCAUCGCUUCCAUACCUGGCUAUGUAGCCCUGUACCUGGCCUCGACCAACAUAGGAUCGGUGAUGCGACCCUCGGUCGAAAUUCAACCGGCGAAGAAAUUCAUCAAACAGGCCAUCAAACUCAGCAUCGUAGCCGGCGUCUGCUGGAAAAUGAUUUUCGUUUGCGAGGAUAUGUUUGGCGUGUCACGGCGUCUCGCUAACAUGGGAUACGUAUUCUGGAUUCUGUCCAUCGGGACAACGAUGUGCGCCCUGUUCAUGUUCUGCGAAGUGUUCAUCUACUUUGUACGGUUCGAGGAACCAAAAUCGCCGGAUCAGAUAAUGAAGGGAGACGAUUUUUGCAUCUGGUACAUUCCACUGAUUUUUGAAGCUAUUAACGGCAACGGGUUGCUUUUCUUCCUCGGUGCCAACUUACUAACCGGACUGAUUAAUAUGGUGUUUCAAACGUUGUUACUGGAGCCCCCGGCGGCCCUAAUCAUCAUAAGCUAUUACAUAUUCAUGCUCUGCGUGGUGACUGUUUUUAUGCACGUUAACAAGAUUAAGCUGAAGUUUUGGUAGGAAAUUUAGUUGUGCAGGGGGUUUGUCGAGUCUAGUCAUUGUGGACAAACUAUUCCACCAAAUAGUUUGAUAGGUGUGUAAUUCCAUUUAUCAUUGACAGUUGAGGUUCGCUCAAAUUUUGAAAAGACUGUUUAGAACCCAUGUAACAAAACAAUCUACAUACACUAUUGAAUAAUAAAACCAUUUAUCUGUACAAUCAA